CCCGCGAUUGAGUGACAUAUCAAUUUAACAGAAACGAUAUCCGUUAUGCUAAUCCAGCAUAUGGUCGUUCUGGUCGUCAACACCUCUGGCUCUGCAGUCCGCGAUGGCCGAGCUUCUGGUGAAUGUGCCACAGAUGCAGCGCGAUCUGCAGCGUGCGCGUGAAGACAACGCGUAUCUGCGCACACUGUUGAGGCAGAUGAACAUUGACGACGUCGGAGCGCCGCCGGAACAACAAAAUCUUCACAAAAAUCCCCGUUCCAAAGAACUAGACGACAACGAAGACUUCGACAACGCCUUAGCGCGACGGCAGGCGCGUCUGGACACUGCUGCUAGCACCAACGAGGCUUCAUCCACUGUCUUGGAGCUUAAAAGCGCCAACGACCGCGUAGCCCAGCUGGAACGGCAGCUUCUGGACGCUGAGGAGACUAUCUGCCACCUCAAGGCCGAGAAACUCGCCGCGUUAAGAGACGUCGAGCGCCUCAUCGCCACAACGACCGACAGAGAACAACGAUCACCCAAUAAGAACGACAGUGAACAACAGCGCAAAUUAGUACUGGAACUGGAGACGCGAUUAGCUGAGCAGAAGCAGGCCCACACUCUCGAGCAGGAUCAGCGCAUGGCUGUAAUCCGAGACCAGGAGCUCGAGCUUAAGACACUGCGUGACCAGCUAGAAGAGAAGACAAAGCAGUACAAGGAACUGCAACAAAGACACAUGGACCUGCUGGAGAUGGAUGACCAGGCAGCGACGAUGAAGCAGCGAGUUACUAGCGGUGUAAGUCAGUUCAGCAUCUACGGAGAAGAGAGCGAUGACGACGACGAAUCCAAGGUAACCAAGCCACAGAAGGACGUCCCUGGACGAGCGAGAGCGCCAGCUGAUGCGGAUUCCGUGAAUCCAAAGUGGCACGAAGAGCUGGUGCGUCAUCCAACGCCCCACUUCGAUCUCGAGUCGCCAGAAGUGGCCUACAUUCUCCGAGCGUGGACGAAUAACAUUAAAAAGAUGCGCUACUUGCGUCGCUGGCUCAUCCAGGUGGUUAAAACCAAAGGCCCGCUGCCUGAGGACUUCCCUAUGGGCGUGGAGCUGCCUCGACUGCCGCCUGAGGUGCGUGACGGCUUCCUAACACUCGUACUGCCGCUGCUCCGCCAACAAACCGAACGGGAAAUCCUCGCACAUUCCCGUCGAUACAAUGACGGCGUUCAUACCGACCUGCGUUUCCGUCUUGUACCGCGUGAAUAACUUAACCAAAGAGGUAAAUAACCUUAACUGUUAUGUCAUUUACCGCAACUGUAGAUUACAGUAUUCUCGUGUGAUCUCGUCGAUAACGCUUGCUAUCUGAGUCUGCAGUCGAUCCACCUCUUCCUUCGUCGCCAAGUGUAUCUGUUUAGUGUAGUUCUUUACGUGACUAGUGUUUGAAUCCUCCCACGAUCGCUGAGAGCGGAGAAAUAGCUUCUGAGGAUCAAAGAGCUCUCGUGUCUGCACCUCAUGAGUAAAAUUCUCCACUUUCGUCUCCAUCUGCUGAAGCCGAGAACGAGAUUUCUGCC